CGGCAAGCGGACACUACGAAGGGGCGGGCGGCUCCCGGGGCAGCGCCGCCGCCCCGCGCUCCCGCCCCCGGGAGCCGGACGUGGCGCCUCCCCCGCUGCAGCCGGAGCCUGGAGGUGGGGUCGGGAGCCCGAGGCCGGGACUCUGAUGUCACCGCGCGGCCGCGGGCGCCCAGGAGCGCGUCUCGGGUUGGAGCUCAGGUACUCGCCACUGGGGAAUCCUGGCCUCUCCGGUCCACGAUCGCGCUGUCCCCUGCGCGCGUUCUGAGCCCUCCUUCCCCGACGGUGAACCCAACCAACAGGAAAGGCCGAGAAAUGCGCCGGCCAGGGGCCAUCCGCUCUCCCAGCGUCCCCGAGGCCUCGCUCUCCAGCCGCACCGCGUGACUUUGUCGCCCCCUGUGGCCGCCAGGCCUGCGCCUCUUUCCUCCCUGGAGCGCCUCGACUCAGCUUGAAGCCCCAGGCCCCACGGAGGUGGCCAGCCUCCGCCCGCGUCCGCGCAGCCAUGGAGGCUCUGGGUCCUGGAAGCGACUGCGCCUCGCCGGCCUCGUCCACUCGCAGCCUGGACCUGCGGCGGCUGUCCGCGCGCGCCGACUCUGCCUACAGCUCUUUCUCCGCCGCCUCCGGCGGUCCUGAGCCGCGCACGCCGUCGCCGGGGACCCAACUUCCCUACCUGGACUGGGAGUACGUGCGCGUGGUGUGGGGCGGCCCGGCCCCCGCCGCCGGGCUUCGCACCUCCCCGCAGCCCCGGCCCGCGGCCGCCGCACGCAGUGGGCCUCGUCCCCCCGAGAUCCGGGGGACCCCGGGGCCGCUCAGCCGCCAGACCACCCCGCUGCUGUACGCGCUGGCGGCCGAGGCGGAGGCCGCGGCGCGGGCAGCCGAGCCGCCCAGUCCGCCCGCGUCGCGGGCCGCCUACCGCCAGCGGCUGCAGGGCGCGCAGCGGCGAGUGCUCCGGGAGACGUCCUUCCAGCGCAAGGAGCUCCGCAUGAGCCUGCCCGCCCGCCUGCGGCCCGCGGCCCCCGCGCGGCCCUCCGCCGCGCACCCGCGCUCCGCCUUGCUCAGCCACCCCGGCGGGGAAGCGGAGCUGGCGAGCCCCGGGGCUCCCGCGCCGGGAACCGCCGGCAGGGGACGCCUCGCCAACCAGCAGCGGAAGUGGUGCUUCUCAGAGCCGGGAAAGCUGGAUCGCGUGGGUCGGGGCGGUGGGUUGGCGGGGGAAUGCUCGGGAGAGGCCUGCCCCAGCUCUGGCCUCGCCAGGCCGGAGACCCGGGAAUGGCAGCAGCGGACGCUGGCAGAGUUCGAAGGUCACCAGAUCAGAUGGCUGCCUGCGACCCAGCCCCAAAGCAUAGAGGACCCGAAACCCCGGUCCUUGAGGCUCAGCAAUGCCUAUAGGCCUGCCGGUCGGAGUCGGAGUGCUUCGGGGGAAGUCUUGUCCCCCUGGGGAAGUCCAGGAGGGAUUAUGCCCAUUGCCCAGGCUGUUCCCCAAGGAGCAGAAACCCCCAGACCAUUGUUUCAGACCAAACUUUCCAGGUUCCUGACUCAGAAGGAAGUUGCAGGGGUGUGUUCUGCAGAGGGCCUCCAGAGCAGUCCCUCUGACUGUGAGCAGAGGGCCUCAGAGAACUGCAUUGUAUCUGCCCGGCUCCCAUCCCUUCCUGAUGAUGAAGUUUUCCUGGAAGAAGCCCCGCUGGUCAGAAUGAGAUCACCUGCAGACUCCCAUGCUCCCCUGGGGCUCCCAAACAGUGUCCAUGCCUCUGACCAGCAGUACGGAGCUGGCUUGGGUCAGAGGGCUGACCAGGCUAUAAUCCCCUCAGAGCAGCCCCUCCAUGAGCACCCAGAGACUGCAGGGGCGGAUGACUGUUGGCAGGGGGUAAACGGUUCUGUGAGUGUCUCCAGGCCUACAUGCUGUAGUCCCCCUGGGACUGCAAAUGGUGACAUCGCAACCUUUGACCCCACUGGACUGCUGACCACUGAUCCCCCCACAGCUGCAGAGACUGACCCCCUCAAACCUCUCCCAGGAGAUGCCCUGAGACCUGCAGGCAAUGAUACCCCGGGGCCUUCUGACCACACUGCCCAGGCUUGGGGCACUGGCCAGACUGGUUCCAGGUCAACAUGGCCCAGUCCACGCCUCGAGGAGCUGGUUCAGGAGCUGGCCAGAUUGGAUCCCUCUCUGAGUGACACUCUCACCUCCUAUCCCAGCCCAGAGCCAUCCCUGGGCCUGCUGGAUGGGCUGAUUCCUUUAGCCGAGGUCUGGGCUGCAAUGAGGCCAGCCUGUGGAGAGGCUGGAGAGGAAGCAGCUGGUACUUCUGAGUCAGGCUCUUACCUACUUAACUCCACCCAGCGCCUGCCAGCUUCUCAGCAGGAGACAAGGCCUGAAAACCUUACCACCCACGCUGUGCCUGACGAGCCAUGCGGCCCGGGUCUCCCCGAGCCAAAUUACAGCAUCCAAGCCAAGAAAGUGGAGCUGGCGGACCUCCUCCAAAAGACGCUAAGGGAGCUUCAGGCCGAGCAGGAGCAGCUGCAGGGAGCGGCCCAGGCUUGGGCCAGGCGCGGGGCUGCCCUGGAGGCCGCGGUCGGCCAGGCCUGUGCACCCCACGAGCUCGAGCGGUUCAACCGGUUCAUGGCCGACCUAGAGCGUGUGCUUGGCCUCCUGCUGCUGCUGGGCAGUCGCCUGGACCGCGUGCACCGCGCCCUGGCCCGGGCGGGCGCAGACGGCGACCCUGACGAGCAGGCCUCUCUGCUGCAGCGACUGGGGCUCCUGCAGCGGCAGCAGGAAGACGCCAAGGAGUUGAAGCAGCAUGUGGCGCGGCGCGAGCGGGCCCUGCGCGAGGUGCUGGCGCGCGCACUGCCCGCCGACGAGCUGCGCGCCUAUCGCGCCCUGUUGGUCGGCAAGGCCGCUGUCCUGGCCCAGCAGCGCAGCCUGGACGAGCGGGUCCGCCUCCUUCAGGACCAACUGGACACAGUCAGGACCGACCUUGGCCGUCGUCCUCCGACUCCCAGGCUGGCCUGGCCCCCAGGGACCCGUCCUCCGGAUAAACCGCCCUUCCCCCCUCCCCUCAUCUAGUUACAGGGGGUGGGGGUGAGGAGCAUUGCCCCUGCCUCUCACCCACGUGAGUGGGAUGACGCUGGUUUAUUCGGUGCUUUUCCCUUGGGGUGGGGAAGACCCAGGCCCGGCCUUCCUGGGGUACUUUUUCCAAGUGUUCUCAUGUGGCCUUACCGAAGUCUUGCAGAUUAUUUGGUAAUUAACUUAUGAAUUUUAAAGUCUGCAGUAUUUCCCCUUUUCCGUCAGGGUUGGUUGGAGGGAGAGGAGAUAAGUCAGAGGAGCACUUCAAUUUAAGAUGCAAAAUGGCCAUUUUUUUUCGCUCUCAAUAAAAAGUUGAUGUGAGAAGUGUGCCUAUCGCCUGGAGCCUGGCUUGGAGGAGGGAUCUUAUUUGCAAACUACAGACGCCUGCCAGACUAGAGCAGAAGAGAGAUUUGUUGGAGGACAUCACUCAGGCCUGGGGAUCCCUAGAAAGACUGAAGAAACAGGCUUGAAAACUGGAGGGGCCAAGCAGAUGCUGUCAUCAGUAGUCCCUAACUAUUCUGGUGACUGCAUUAUUACCACGAAAGCCUAGGCCUGAUUGGCUGAGGCCAGGUCUCUUUUGCUGGUUUUUACCCAAGCCUCCGACAUGAGUAGUAUAGUGGAAGUGGGGGACUGCCUCCCUUCAAGACUCAAGGGAUAGGGAACUUUCCCAAAUGGAAAAUGGAUUCAGAUGCUUUGCUGCCUAAAAACCCUGAUGAAUGUCAAGUACACUUGGACAUUUGGGGACAUUCAUUCCAAGACCCAGAAAGAACUUUCUUCCUCUUCGAAUUAUGUUGGAUAAUUGGAUAAACUGAAUUUAUCUGCCUUUCCUUUAGAGUCCCCACUAGGUCACCCAGGCUUAAGGAGGGCAGUUGGGGGGAUGGGAGCUGAAGGUGAGUCAUGGGGGACCUGGAGACCUAUUAUUGUGGGAUGGUGCUGAGGACCUGCAGAGGCAGCUCUUCUUGUGUUCUGGAGAUGCCAGUUUGGGGAUGGGCUAAGGUUGGGAGUUAAGGGCUAGAGUGCUAUGAAACAGGACACUCACUCCCCUCUGUUUGUGUCAGUCCUGUGUACAUAGAAUCAAUGUUCAGUUCUCAAAUAUACAUUGAAAAUCUGCCUUAGUAUUUGUAGCUGCUAAGGCCAGGGACAAGAACAUUCUUCAUGUAAAUGUUCAGUGUAUUUUUGGAAGCUGGGCACAUUAAUAGGCAUGUGUAUGUGUAUCUAAAGCCAACAGACCUCAAAGUGAGAAAUCUCUGCUUCUGGGCUCGUUUUCUGAUGCAUACUGUCACUAAGUGCAACUGGUUGGGAAUUUUAAAUGGUCGUAUUCAUACCAAAAGCAUUAGUUAUAACAGUCGCGCUAUUGAGCACAGAACAAUGCUCACAUUGUGCCUUUUUAUAAAAAACAUAUGGGGCUCCUGCUGAUUCUAACAUUAUGCUUUGCUUUUCUCCUUUGAACGCUGUGGGCGGGGCCUCCGCUCCAAUAUCCUCUGCCUAGCAGGGCAGCUCGCUUCGAGACGCGUUCUGGAUGGAAUCUACUUAUUUCUGGUUUUUGCCCUGUACAGUUCCCAUUGCAUUCUCCCAUUGUGAUAUACUUAGAAACACACUUAACAUCGUCCAUUAGGCCAGUGGAAAUGGUGUAUUUCAGACAAAACACUCCCAGCCCGGGAUGGGCAUGAGAAGCAGCGUCUGCCAUUGUCUGGUUAAACUGCACUUUGGUUCUUUGCUGGUUUUUACCAUGGGGAAAUAUGAGGCUUCUGUGCUUGUCUCUACCAGAUGGAGAGAGCCCACAAAAGUAGGGCCACAACUCCUGCGCCUGUCCUUCCAUUUUGCCUCCGUCUCCUUCCUGCCCCAGUUUAUCUCCCUUCCACACCCCGUUAUUCCUUCAGAGGGCAAGAAUGAGCUCAGCAUACGCGUUCGAUAUUGGCACCACAGACUAAGACUAGGGGUGGGGUGGGGGCCAGUACCAGAAGUCCGGUGAAUUCCACCCCCCUGGACACUGCCAGCAGAGGGCACUGUUUUCCUCAUGAUGAAAGCUUCUAGCCACGCUUUACCACCCGCAGCCUCCCCAGCUACCAGGCCCUCUGGGCCAGCCACAGGGAUGUUGCCUUGUCCUGAGCAGUGUCCCUGUUGGACGUGAAGGCUGGGGCUAAGCCUUUGUGUCUGUCGGAAAGAAAUCCCGGCCCGCCAGUUAUGGGAAGGUUGGUUCCCUUUCCUUUGCCACUAGGCCUUCGUUCGAAAGUCGUUGGCUAAUGAGGAGUGGGAAGGGGGAGGCUGGGGGUGUUGAUCUCGAGGAUCAGUAUCAAAAAGAGCCUUACGUAGUUCCCCACGGUGGAAAACAGGGUUUCUUGGGUCUCUGUUGGGGUUUCUGUCCGCACCUCCCCAAGCCGCCCGCGUCCGCCGCCGCCUGCUGGUCCCGCCCCCAGCCCUGAGGCCUGCAGCGCCCCGCCCCGAUUGAGCAGAGCGCGGUUGUUGCCUGGCAACUGGCAGCCCCGGGGCCUCCCUCCUCUCCUACUCGCCUCAUCCCGCCCCACGCCGUUCCUAAUAUGGAUGUAAUUAGUGCACUUUUUACCUUCUGACUGUAAAUUGGAAACAGUAGGGAAGCCAGGUUCCGUGGUGCCCAGACCGACGCGCAGUGUGGCUGGAGCAGCCUGCUCCUCACACCACGUACCUCGGCGAGCGGCUGGCGUGAACCUCAGGCAUCCUCACGGGAACAAAUUACCUUGCUGUUCAGUCACGUGUAAUUCAGAAGCUUACGAGGACAUUUAGGUCAAAUGUGGUUGAGGACCGCAGAGAGAAGAGGUGAAAUGCUGUAAAGCAAUCUUCCCAACGACCCCGUAGCGUUACUGUCACAGCCUAGCUACAGUUUAGACGGACAGUCAUGAUGGGUGUUUACCUGUUGUCUUUGAAACUUAAGUCAGCACUGACUUCUCACUAGGAGGACUUUUUCCUCCCCUUCUUGAGGAGAGGUCCAGACAUCUCUCUCUCUCUCCUCCUCCUCCUCCCUCUCUCCCUCUCUCUCCCUCUCUCACUAUCUCUUCCUUAUUUCCUCUUUCCUGUAGUAAUAUCUGAGGCCACCUCUGCUCCACAGGUUCAAGUCCAGGGGUGUGGCAGUUCUGGAAAGGUGACUCCAGCCACAGAGGUUCAAGGCAAAAAGCUAUCUGGAGAGCGACAGAGUCUAUUUAUUAAACCAUUUUAAAAGGUCAAAUAAUUUCUUCCAGGAAAAGGCAAAGAAAAGGGGGGAAAUAUGGGUCCGGGGUAGGCCCAGCUUUAAAACCGUGUGUGGAGGGGUGCUUCCAGUCCAGAAGGCUGAAUGACUGCUUGUUUAGGACUGGAAGUUGGGGGCAGGGAUGCUAGAGGAAUGUGCAUUAAGAAAGGCAUUGUGAUAUUUUAA